AACAGCUUAAAAAUGAUGGAAUGACUUGGGAAGUAGGAAACCAUUGAUGCCUUCAGAUUAGCAACAUUUCGUAAACAAGGAAUUUUAUUUACUCAAUUUAUUGUUGUUCUUUGUAUAUCGAGUGUAUCGAUAAAGAAUUGUUUUGCCAGAACGGCUGCUACGUUGACAUAAAGGUCGGUCGAUUGGUCGGCUGCAUACUAUCUACAAAACUGGAGCAGGAAGAACAUCAAUGUUGUCCUGCUCUAAAGCUAGCAAAUAUAACAAAUUUAACAAUUACCGAUGAAGUUUUUGUAAAUAAUGUCAAUUCCGAUAUUAAGCAUUUCAUAAGGCAACGGUGUGGUAACAGCGUUUUACUGUUUCCUCCUGUUAAUAAUUUCCGUCGUUUUUUAAUACAUCAAAUAUGUGAGCAAUUCCGGCCGAAAUAUAAUGUUUUGACGUUCUCUGUGGGUCAAGGAUAUCUACGUCGAACAGUUGUUUGUUUUAAAAGCCAACUUCUGAAUGUGCAUAAAUUUGGUAAUAAAUCAACUUGUGGUGCUGGCCUAGAUUUCGAAUUGCGUAGCAAAUACGAGAAAGAGGUAAAAAGUUGGCGCAGCGGCCUAACUUAUAACGAGUUGAAUAAUUUGCCCAAUUAUAAAAGGACGGCGGACAUUAGUCCGCCUCCUAAUCAAAAAAUGGGGAUUGAGAAAAGCUUGCACGACCAAAAAUUUGACAAAGCCACAUCCGUUGAUUUGUAUCGUCCACCUGCCUUGAGAAAUAAUUCCAAUACUGUGGCUAUUAAAAGCAUUUCGCAUUCUUCUGCCUUUUCCAACACUUCAUGCCAGGUUAUAUGUCCACUGAAUACUACAUCGAUAACAGCAGCAAUACCAUUAAACACCGUCGCUUCGUCAUGCAACAAUUCACCAAGGCAUAGAGGUAGCAAUAAUGCUGUGUGUGUAAGUAAUACGGAGACGUACACAUUACAACCAGAUACCCUAUGUACUAAAUCGCAAUUAAAGGAACAAAAAAGUCAACACCAGCAGCAGCAGCAGCAGCAGCAGCAACAACAACAACAACAGCCAACAAGACGUGAGCGGCGUCCAGAUAGAGCAGUUUAUAUUCCAAGGGCACGACGUAGUCAAACAACUCCACCAACAACAACUACAUCUGUAAUAGCGCAAACAAUACAACAACCAACUACACCAUCUACGCCAAUACCAGCUACGGGAACGGGGUCAACAGUAACAACAACGACAACGACAACAAUAACAACAAAUAAUGAUAUAAGUAAACAGUUAUUAUCGACUACAAAUACCAUUAUAGCGAGUUCAGUCGAUGCCGAGCCGUUGCCGAUAACGGAUGAAGAAAUUGUCAAGCAACAAACGAGAAAAUCAAAAUCUAGUGCCGCUAAAGACUCACAAGAACGUUUAAAACGAACUUUAAAAAAAUCAUUGCAAACGUCAAAAAAUAAAUCACAAAGUAAAUGCCUUAAAAACUGCGAUCAAACUGCGACAUCGUUAUCCCCAGCCCUCUUAUCCACACCAUUACUAACAACAGCAAAAACAAUUUUCGGUCAGGAAUCAAACGAUAUUUUUAGUAAAGAAAGGAAAUUUGAUUAUGUGGAGUCUUCGAAAUGUUUAAAUUGUAAUAAAUCGCAUAAAGACUUAACUGAGAUAGCAGGUAAACCGCAAGAAGAGCAGCAUUUACACAUCAAUUCCAUACACGACAAUUACUACGCUGAUUCAAAUCAAACAUAUUCGUCGAAACCAGUGAUGGCAGCGUUUGCAGCAACCGUCAGCAACAACGUCACUGACAUAUUAACUAAACCGUCAUGUAAGAUUCAAGCAAAUAAACAAUGUAACACUAAAACGGAUGACGAAAAGUUACUUAAUCUACGCAUUGAAGAUGUUACGUCACCGAUUAAAUGCGAUAUUGAAAAACAGGAAUUACAACGCGCUUCAAAGGAAAUGAAUCGGAGUAAUCGUCGCAUUAUGAAACAAACUUUCGUUUCUAAUGUUCUUGAAAUACCGGAUUUUAUUGAAGAAGUUGCGUUUGAUGCAGAAACGACAAUUGAGCAAAACGUUCCAACAGCAUCCGCUUUAGUACAAGCAGAUGCAGCGACCAGGCCAAAUUGUGGCAAUGAGGGGGAUGACGAUUGGGAGAGCAUGUAUGAUGAAAGUGGUGAAUGUUUAGAUCCGAAGAUUAUACAAGAAUUGACAACAUCUGUGGGUAAAGUUAAAAUAGAAGUGCCCAAAAUGGACUAUAGCGCAUAUUUGACGAAGCAAAAACUUCUUAAUGAUGAGGAGUUCCCUCACGUUCUCGAAGUAUCAAAUUUCCCGGUGGAGUUUAAAAAUCAAGAUCUCCUGAUGGUUUUUGCUCAAUACAAAGAAUCUGGUUUUGAUAUAAAAUGGGUGGACGAUACUCAUGCAUUGGCUGUGUUCAGUAGUUCAACUGUUGCUGCUGAAGUUUUAACAAUGGGUCAUCCGUUUGUUGUGCUAAAACCUUUGACGGAAGCCACACUUGAAUCUCGUCUUAAAGCUAAAAAAUGCGCUGCGUCUUUACAGCCAUAUCGCCCGCGUCCCGAAACAUGUGCCGCUUUGGCACGACGCUUAGUGACUGGCGCAUUAGGUGUCCGUCUAAAGACUGCAGCCGCUGAAAGAGAGAAUGAAAAACGAGUAUUGCGAGAAGCCAAAGAACGGAAAUUGCUCGCUGCCAAACAACGAGAAGAAACUUGGGAAAGCUAGAUAUGGAUACUGUUCAGAAUUAAUUUUAAACUUUCUGACAUGAUAAUUUAGUAUAAUUAAGACCUUUAAGGACUUUAUAUAUUAUGUAUAAGUGUGUCUAUUAUUGAUAAAAGUAUGUCUAUUAUUGGUUAAAGCUGUUAGUGGGCAGUAUCGCGUUUGGUAUUCUCACUAAACAUUUAUUUUUUACAUCAUCAUUUUUCUAUACGAAUAAUUAAAUUAAAUUCAAUUUAUUUUACGAAAAGUUAUAAUUAAUUCAUAAACAUUAUAUCAAGUUCUUCAAGCAAUCAUCAUCACUACUAUGUACAAAGCGUAUUUCAUCACCAAUUUUUGCGCUAAUAAAAUUUAUCAAUUUUCUUUAAGAGCAUUCAGAAUUUUAUAAAUAAGAAUGUAUCAUAC